CCCCUGCUGUAAAUCCUCCAGGUGAUCCGAUCCUCCCUCGAGUUUGGAAGUUUCUCUGGUCUACAGGAUCAGGAAAGCCAGGGUUCACAUAACCAAAGUAAAGUCAGAGCUGGAAGCCUGGAGGAGGGUGAGAUGGAAUCUGAGCCAAAGGAGGGGAAGGAAGUUCUGGGAAAUUGCUCUGAACGGUGGCUAUUUUCAGCCAGGCUUUAUCUCCUGCAGGUGCAGCCUGCGAGUGGGCUGGGCCAGUUUAAAGGGCCAGGAGCCAAGCAGACAGGUAGAAAAGCAUUUGCAGGUGUUUUUGUAGGUCAUCCUGACCUCUUGGGAAUGGCAGCUUGUAGUUUGUCACCUCUUCUGCUGUCCAAAGGAUUUGGUUUUGUCAGUGCCCUUCUGAGGGAGCUGGCCUGGCUUGGAUGUGGCAUCAGGGAACCAGCAUUUGCCUUAUCCAUUGCAACAAUCACUCUGCACUGUUCCCCAUGGAGGUGGAGAACUCCCAACAUGGCAGCCACGUGGAAAGUCCUUCCUCGGCAUAACCCAAAGCACCUGUUAUCUUUUCACGAAGUGAACAGUCUUCCUCUACUGGAAGCCAUGAUGUGCUCCAGCCGCCAUGAUGUAUGGUGCUACCAAAGGCCAGGAGCAAAUAGGCAAAGUGACUAUGGACUGAAAUCUCUGGAACUGAUCCCCUUGAAGCGUGACAGCUGCGAUGACUUCCAGAUGUUUGCCUCCUGUCUUCCAGCGGGCUGGGGUGGAUGUGGUAAACUCGGCGAUGGAAACUGAAAACCCGGCCAGAUGGACCGUGUCAGCAUCAGCCACACUCACAUCUGGCUUCAAUACCUGCAGUGAUAACCAGAACAAAUGGUCGCUGUUCCCACUGCCCUUGGCUUGUCAGCGUCCACGGGACACAGUCAGGACAGCACGAGCACCAGGCAGGUGUGUGGUUCGGGUCAUGCAGGUUGAGGACAUCAGAGAGGGCAAACUGGGCCUGGAGCCCCAGACCCAAGCCCACUGGUUGGAGUUUUGGCUCAGUUUGGCUUUGCCUGGCUGGACUGGAACUUGAGAUCGUCC